AUUUUUCUUUGAUAUUUUAUAAUACAUAAUAUAAAUACUAAUGAAAUCAAAUAUAAUGACAAGAUAUUUUUAUUAAUAUUCGAAUAAGUAUAUUAAGUCGGCGCGUCAUUCGUCAAAAACGCCAUCUAGAUAUUUUCAAAAGACAUCAUUUUGAACGUUCAAUUGUAAACUUUUUUUUUAAUUCUUUUUAAUGUGAUUUUAUCUGAAGUAUCGUAAUAUUUGAUUUCUUUAUGAAAUUUAUAUAGUAAUUGAAAAAGAGAUAACAUAAUAUGGAAAUAACUAAAACUGAAUUAGAAGAUUCUAAAAUUAAUCCUGAAGAUGUUUGGAAAGAAUUUAAUUGUCCAAAAUAUGUUACCCAUCAUUGUUUUAAAAGUGAAAAAUUACCAAAAGAAAUAUUUGAUUUUCAUAGACAAUUAAAAUUAGACACACAUCGUAUUCUUCAAAAAUUAGAUGAACUUAUAUCUGAUCCUGUAACAAGUGAUAGUGUACUUCGUAUAUGUAGACUUUUAUUUGAUUUUCUUAAUGAAAUAGGAAAUGAUGGUUAUAAAAUUAAAGAUUUGCCAUUGAUAAUAAAAGUAAUAAAAUUUUUGGCUGAAAAUGUUAAAACUGUGAAAGAAUAUAAGUUACAUCUUAAUAGAAUGUUGGAACUUUGUAAUAUUCCACCUUUAUUAGAAAAAUCAUCUGAUAAUUUAAUUGUUGAUGACAUAAUGGAACACUAUUUUACAUUGUUAGGAGAUCUUCUUAUAAUUUCGCCAACUGAACAGCAAAUAUUAAAGAUUCAUAAAAUUCUUCAUUCUUUGCUGUUAAAAACAAAAAUAAAAAAUAUUGCUGCAGUAAAAUUUGAAUAUUGUCGUAAAGCAAUGGAAAAAUCUCAAUUGCCAAUAAUUAUAGCUGAAUUAUUACGUGCUUCUUAUUCAAAAAUGUAUGAAAAAAUUUUACAAUUAGUUUUCUUAUUAUCAUCCAUCUCUUAUGAAUGUUGCUAUAAAAUGCUAGAAGCUAAUAUACUCAAUACCAUACUUAUUAGAAUGGAUCUUCCUUUUGCAACUCAAGUACAUUGUAAGCGUCCACCUGAUAUGUUAUUAAGUGGAAAUGAAUACAGUGAUGAAACAAAUCUUUUGAUAAUAAACGUAUUAUGGAGCUUGAUGAAAUCUUUUUAUAAUGAAAAAUCAAUUAAUUUAAAAAAUUUAAAAAAGAAUUUAAUACCAACUCAUUGUGCUUUAUGGGGUCUAUGUUAUACAUUUAAACGACAAAUAUAUUAUAGUAAAUAUAGAUACUUUAAUACAAAAAUUAGAAAUGAAAUUGCUAUGAUUAUUCUUAUGAUUUCAAUUAAUUUACCAUCUUGGAAUCUUGUUGGUAGUGGUAUAGCUGAUAUUAUUAUUGAAAUGUCAAUUGGAAUUGAAACUAAUUCUGUUAGAAUAUUUUCAGAAAUAAUAACAUUUGGCACUAGUAUUGAAGAUUUAUAUUUUGAAAAAAUUAUAUUAUUAAUUACUACACAUUUAGCAGAAGUUAAUUCUUGUUUAAUAAAAAAAGAAAAACUAAUGCAAACUCUACUUCAAAUUACUAAUCCAAAUAUUAAAAAAAUAAAAAUCAAAUGGAAUCCAUCUCAAUUUUGGGAUAUAUGGAUGUAUGCUAUAAAUGCUUUAUCUGUAUUAGCACCAAAAAUGCCACAACAAUUUAUGGAUUAUAAUGGUGGUAUUAGAUUGUGCAUGAUACUAGAAUGGUCUUUAGACAUAAAAUUUGAUAUUAAAGUAGUAAUGAUUACUAUAAAAACGAUUUGUAUAAUUAUUCUGAACAAUAAUAAAGAUAUAUUAGAAUAUUUUCGACAAUGUGGAUAUGUCUUCUUAUUAAUUAAAAUUAUUCAAUAUAUUUUGAAAUUUGACAAAAUUAGAAUGCCAGAACAAAGAGUUUUAACAUUGACACUAUUAUCAAUUGAAAAACUUAUGAAAAAACAGUUAUUCUAUCAAAAAAUUUAUGGAGAGUACAGUGUUACAUUAAGUAUGGAAUUGUUAUUUCGUUGUUUAUAUCAAAAAGAUCAAGAAUUUAAACUAGAUCAACGUCUUUUGUUAGCAAUAGGUUCAUACAUCUGGGAAUGUAUAGUAUGGUGUCCUGAAAAUCUUGAAAAAUUUAUUCAUUAUGGAGGAAUAUAUAUUAUCCUUGAUAUUAUAGAAAUUGUUCCAUAUUGUUCUCAUUGUUUGUUUCUUGCUCUUUUUACUGAUAUGUGUGAUAAUUUUUUUUGUGGACCAUUUGUAUGUACAUGGAGAGGUAUUAAUAAAAACACAGGAUUAAUGUCUUUGCUAGCAAAAAUAUGGAGAGAAGAAGAAAUAAGGAUUAAAAUUAAAAAAAAUAUAGAUGAUGAAGAAUUGAUUCAUAUGAAUCAGAAACAGUGGUUUGAUAGUUAUUACACAAGAUUAGCUAAAGAUAGUAGUCCAGCAAUAAUUGAUAUGAUUGGUUCAGUUAGAUCAAAAAUAUAUAGUAUUUACAAGAUAAUAGAAAGAGAUAAUGAACGAUAUUUAAUGGCCAAGGAGCAUUAUAAAAUAUUAAAUGAUGAUCUUUCAUUAGAAGAUAAAAUUACAAUAUCUACUAUAAAUAUGUAUUUUGCAUUAAAAUUAGGUCAAGUAUGGGUAGAGAUUGCUAAAUUUUUUGAACAAAGUGGUAUUACUCCUCUUGGUAUGGAUGGUCAAGCAAUUUUUUUAAUAACUCAACGUUAUUAUAUGUGGACUGAAAUGACAAAAGAAAGACAAAUUAGAAUAUUACAAUCUUUAGACAAACAAAAAGAUAUAGAAGAGAAAGAUGAAUAUGCAAGAAUUCGCAAUUCUAAGCUAAUUAUAGCAUUAGAUGCAUUUGAUGAAUUAGAUUAUAUAUACAGAACAACAAAGAGAUCAAAUAUGUUAAAGAAAAAACAUGAACAAAUAAAACAAGUUAAUUUAGCUUUAAAGUUUCCAGAUGAUUCAGAUGAUGCACAUUGUCAUAGGACAUUCCAAGAUAAAAUCAUGGUUACGGCUAUAUUUAAUCAACAUCAAAUAAUAAGCAGUGGUUUGAAAUUAGAUACAAAUUUAAGUCAAAUAAAAUUGAAACUUAUUCCUAUUUCUCCUUGUGAUAGUUAUAUUUCUGAUGAAACAUAUUCUGAAUUAUCUUCUACAUCAAGUACCUGUUUUUCUAAUAUAAAAAAAUUUAAAGAAGAUGAAUUAUUGCUAUAAAAAUGAUAAAGAAUAAAUUUUAUUUUAAUAAAAAAUGCAUUAUCUUUAAAA